ACAGUGUACGUUUUGUGGAAAACACUUCGUUAGUAAUCGUUGCCUAAACUUGCAUGUACUGGCUAUGCACUUAGGGAAAAAAUAUGCUUGUGUUAAAUGCGACAAAAGUUACAUGGCAAAACGAAAGUUGGAAGAUCAUUACGCAUCUAAACACACUGGUAGGCCAAGGUACCAAUGCCAAACUUGUGGAAAAAAGUUUUUUUAUAUAAAUGGAUACCGUAAUCAUAAUAAACAUCUACACCCGAUCGAAUACGCUCAAACUCUGGCGUCUAAAGGAGUUUCUUCGUUUCCUAUCAACGAGCUGUACUCUAUGGUUGGCUGUGUCGUUUUCAAUGGCGAAAACGGUAAUGAUUCCAAGGAUUUAUGCUGUGAGAUCUGCCACAGAACUUUUGCUAGCAAGUUAAGAUUUGAUCAGCAUAUGAAGAUCGUUCAUAAAAAGAAUGUAAUAGGAACGCUCGUAUGUACCAAAUGUGAUAAUAUACAUGACACCAAGAAUGAGUUGGAAGAUCAUUAUGUGAGUGAUCACCUCGGUGUGAUAAGAUACGCCUGUGAAUUUUGUGGAAAUGGAUUCUCCUGGAGGGAAGCAUAUUUUCGGCAUCGUAAGGAGCAGCAUCCAACGGAAUUCGAAGUUUUGGUCAAACAGUAUAGCACCGAUACAAUAACGUACAACAAAUUAAAUGUAGAAGACGAUCUGAAUGCUAUACUGACCAAUGACACUGUUUGCGAAAGAAGUUGUGUGAUGUGUGUUCAAAUAUUUCCCACGGAAAACGAGCUCCACCUUCAUAUGCAGAGCUUGCACUCGACGCCCGAAAAGUUUGCCUGUAAGCAAUGUUUCAAGAAAUUCACCAUUGGGUCACACUUGGAGCUUCAUUUAGCUGAAAUGCACGUUGGCAAGCCUUGGGUAAGGUGUGAAUUGUGCGGAGACAUCUUCGACUCUAAAAGUAAAUACUGUUUCCAUCACAAAAGGAAACACCCUAAGGAAUACGCUAAAUUGAUUCAAGAGAAGAGCUGUAAUCAACUGUACGAAAUAGACGGCUAUACGAUUGUCGAACGGGUUUCUUUGGAAAAUGAGCUAUCAGUCUUAAGAGAUUCAAAUGAUGAACAAGAUGCUGUAAUUAUAAAGAUAGAACCCUCUGCAGGAGAACCAGUGGAUCACAGUGUUCACGAAGAUGGCAUAGCGGAAGUACAAAACACCGAUUCCGAAAGCACCACUCAUCGGUGCAAGCUCUGCAGAAAGACGUUCAGAAACAACAGAAAUCUUUCCAAACAUCUCAAGGAUGAGCAUCAAAAACGCAAACAUCAAUGCGACACUUGCGAGAAGAGCUUUUCAACUCCGAGGCAUUUGGAAGAGCACAAGUUUUACGCUCAUUACAAAAAGCCCUUGUACCGAUGCACCUUGUGCGGAAAAACUUUUUUUACUAACCCUCCUAGCUUCUUUCAUCGGAGGAAAUAUCAUUAUGAGGAGUUGGAACGGGCAGAAAAACCUCUGCCUUCAUACGCAUUUAUUGAAAGGUUGAGAGACUGAUGUUUUCAGGGGACUGAGAUAAACGGAGAAUCAUCGUCAAUGAUCAAACAAAUUUUGCAUCCAAUGAUUGAAUUUGUGGCAAUUUGUUAGAGAGAAUUAGAAGGUUUAAGUUAAAAUGAGAGAAACCGGUGCUCAGAGAGAGUGAAAAUGUGCUAAUUGUUGCAAUUUGUUAAGGUGGCAUCCAUAAAUUACGUAACGCAAAAAAUGCACUUCUUUAACCCCCUCCCCCCGUAUGUCACAUAUCGUAACAUUUCGACGUACCCCCCUAUGAAAAUUACGUAACGCGGAUAAUAACCCCCCCCCCAGGUUUUCGUUUACUGAUUUCUUGAGGUAAAAAAAGAUUUUAACAUAAUUUUUUUAAUGUUCUUCAAAACGGAAUAAAUAUCUAUCCAAAUCGCUUCUUAGUACUCAUUGAUGAUAACUCUCUGAUAAAAUAUAUUGAUUGUCUUAUUGCGAGUUGCUCUGUGCUUGUUAACUGAUGAUCUACCUUGUUUAUUUUAUUUUGUUCAUACUCCUGCUGAACUUGUUAUGCAAAAUAUACUCCACUUAGUAAUAUUCGUCGGAAUAAUCAAAAUUGCAUUUUUUAUACCAAUUGAGAAAAAUUGUAAAAUUUUCGUCUUAUGGUUGAAUUGAGUUCUUGGGGGUAAAUUUACAAAUAUUCGGUUUUCCGCUAGAUAUUUCACGUAUAUUCAAUACACUUUUUAAGGAGUCUAUCUCAGAGUCUUUAAAAAGGAAAGGUUUCAAACUAGUUUCAAUUAUGUUGUAGCUUACAAAUUUUAAGCUGAUUUUGGUUUGCAUAUCAUUCUGCAAAAAUUGCAUGACUUAAAAAUAGUAGCGAUAAAACUGAAUUUUUUAAGGAAAAUCGUUACGUAACGAUGAGUAUACCUCCCCCCCCUCCCCUAUGUCACAAGUUGUAACACUUGAGCUUACUCCCUCCCCCCCUAAGAGCGUUACGUAAUUUAGGGAUGCCCCCUAAGCAGUUGUGGAAUUUUGAUCAUUACCAUUUCAAAUGCACAGAAUUCUCUCUCCACUGCAAUCCCUCGGAUGUUUUUGCCUGAAGAAUCUUGGAUUUUUUUCUGUUUUUUGUAAAAAUAAUCCUAUUCAAGUAUGUAGCUUAUAAGUAAUGAUUUCAAUAUUGAGAUGAAAAAAAAUACAAACUUGUCAAAUCCUGAAA